CCGGGGUGGGGACACUGCAGGUUUUCCUUUUUCCCGUAAUGACAUCAUGGCAAAUACCCAAACCAGACGAACCCAGCUCGGGUGACAUCCAGCAGGGCCAAGCCGGUCCGGGCCGGCUUGGGGGACCUGGAUGCCAGUUUAAGGGGCUGGGCACGGCGUCCUGCCGGGCCAGCGCGCUGGGGGAGGGGUUCUGCCUCGCCCGCCUGCGGAGCGGACUGUGCCCUAGGCGGGAACGGGGAUCGGCUGGGUAGGGCUAGGACGGAGCUUCUCUGGGCCAAGGAUCAAGGUCCCGGGCUGGGGUAAGCUCCGGUGCACCCUAAUCCGAAGGGGGACCCGGAGUCUGAAGGGGGCGCCGCAGAGCUUCAGCAGAGCUGAAUCCGCGCCACCUCGACUGCAGGCGGGGCCGAUUAUGUCCCCGCCCCCGGGGCGGAGCUAUCCCGUCUCGGGACACUCCCUCAAGAGAGGAGUCUCUCGGAAGCCAUCCUUCGGGGCGGAAGUCGCUCUGCCCCGAGCGCGGGACAGCGGAAACCGCCGCGCUCCUGUCUCUCUGUGCGCGUGCGCGAUCCCGUGUCUUCACUGCCUUCUGGCGAGGGGGGUCGCGGCACGCCGGGCCGUGGGUGCGCGCUCGGCUUUCGUGCCCGUCUCACCAUGGCGGGAAUCCUGUUUGAGGAUAUUUUUGAUGUGAAAGACAUUGAUCCGGAGGGCAAGAAGUUUGACCGAGUGUCUCGCCUGCAUUGUGAGAGCGAGUCUUUCAAGAUGGAUCUCAUCUUAGACGUGAACAUCCAGAUCUACCCUGUAGAUUUGGGUGACAAGUUUCGGUUGGUCAUAGCCAGUACUUUGUAUGAAGAUGGUACCCUGGACGAUGGUGAAUACAACCCCACGGAUGACCGGCCUUCCAGGGCUGACCAAUUUGAAUAUGUGAUGUAUGGGAAAGUAUACAGGAUCGAGGGGGACGAAACCUCGACUGAAGCAGCAACACGCCUCUCUGCCUACGUGUCCUAUGGCGGCCUGCUCAUGAGGCUGCAGGGCGACGCCAACAACCUGCACGGGUUCGAGGUGGACUCCAGAGUGUACCUGCUGAUGAAGAAGCUGGCCUUCUGAGCGCCUGCACCUCAGGCCUUCACUCAGACCCCCGGAGCCAUCGCCGUUCCUCACGUGCUGAGAGGCGCCGAAGGUGCCCUGAGGGGCACUCCAGGGAGCCUGGACGCAGCGGGACACUGACCGUGCCAUGGACUGACCUCUGAGCAGCGUGAAAUGAUCCCAAAAUUGUUGGUUGCAUAUGGCUUCUAGUUUUUUUUUAUUAAACAGUUUUGUUUUUAUUUUUCA